AUGGCUUCUCAACUACUUCCCCUAGAGCUUGUUGAUAAGUGUGUGGGCUCCAGAAUAUGGGUUGUCAUGAAAGGCGAAAAAGAAUUCAGCGGGACUUUAGUCGGCUUUGACGAUUACGUCAAUAUGGUGCUCGAGGAUGUGACCGAAUACGAAAGCAAUGGCGAACAGGUUAAGCUCAAGAAGAUCCUUCUAAACGGGAAUAAUAUCUGCAUGUUAAUCCCCGGUGGUGACGGCCCCUCCGGAGCUACUGCUGUUUCCUGA